GCUCUAAGAGCGACGUUGCGCCGGGUCAAAGGUCAGCCGCGCAAAAUGGCGGCGGCGGCGGCGACCUUCUGCCGGCUGUUGUGCCAGUCCGGCGCGGCUGCGCGGAGCCUGCCCCUCGGCGCCAGGUGUUUCGGGGUGCAGGUCUCGCCGACCGGGGAGAAGAUCACACACACUGGCCAGGUUUAUGAUGAAAAAGACUACAGGAGAGUUCGGUUUGUAGGUCGUCAGAAAGAGGUGAAUGAAAACUUUGGCAUUGAUUUGAUAGCAGAGCAGCCGGUGAGCGAGGUGGAGACUCGGGUGAUCUCGUGCGAUGGCGGCGGAGGCGCGCUGGGCCACCCGAAAGUGUACAUCAACUUGGACAAAGAGACAAAAACGGGCACAUGUGGCUACUGUGGGCUGCAGUUCAGACAGCACCACCGCUAGAGCCAUGACACGCGGGGCUCCCACAGCGUCCACCUGAGCGUUUCCACGGGAAGAUGAGCGCAGGAGGCUCACCGAUUGUGUAUGAAGGGUAUUCCUCAUGCUGAAUAAAGGUAUUCCAUGUUGCUGUCGUGGCUGAAA